UCAGGUUUGCGGGGCGUACGUGACUCGGGCGGGGGGUGAAGGUGGCAGGCCCCCACUGCCCCACCCCCUACGGGGUGAGGCUGUCUAAGCUCGGGAAGCUGGGAUACAGUUGUCUUCCCUUCCCCGGGGGAAGUUGGUGGAGUUUUCCCGGCAGAGGAGUCGGCGCAGAAACUUCCUCCGUCCCCCUAUUCCCCCCUCCAUGCAGGCGACGCCGAGUGAGGCUGAGGCUGGGGGCGAAUCGCCGAAGAGCUGCGUGUCGGCAGCGCAGUCUGAUUGGACAGCGGGGAAGCCUGUCAGCUUAUUGGCCCCGCUGAUCCCGCCCCGUAGCGCAGGGCAGCCUUUAACCUUUAGCCCCAGUGGGCGCCAGCCACUCAGAUCGCUUCUUGUUGGUAUGUGUAGCGGCAGUGGCCGCCGGCGGAGCAGUCUGAGUCCGACGAUGAGGCCGGGGACGGGAGCCGAGCGUGGAGGCCUCAUGGUGAGUGAAAUGGAGAGCCAUCCUCCCUCGCGGGGUCCCGGGGACGGGGAGCGGAGAUUGUCCGGCUCAAGCCUCUGCUCCAGCUCUUGGGUCUCUGCUGACGGCUUCCUGAGGAGACGGCCCUCGAUGGGGCACCCUGGCAUGCAUUAUGCCCCAAUGGGAAUGCAUCCUAUGGGUCAGAGAGCGAACAUGCCUCCUGUACCUCAUGGAAUGAUGCCGCAAAUGAUGCCCCCAAUGGGAGGACCACCAAUGGGACAAAUGCCUGGAAUGAUGUCUUCAGUAAUGCCUGGAAUGAUGAUGUCUCACAUGUCUCAGGCUUCCAUGCAGCCUGCCUUACCGCCAGGAGUAAAUAAUAUGGAUGUAGCAGCAGGUACAACAUCCGGUGCAAAAUCAAUGUGGACUGAACAUAAAUCACCUGAUGGAAGGACCUACUACUAUAAUACUGAAACCAAACAGUCUACUUGGGAGAAACCAGAUGAUCUUAAAACUCCUGCUGAGCAACUUUUAUCUAAAUGCCCUUGGAAGGAGUACAAAUCUGACUCUGGAAAGCCUUACUAUUACAAUUCUCAAACGAAAGAAUCCCGCUGGGCGAAACCUAAAGAACUUGAAGAUCUUGAAGGAUACCAGAAUACCAUUGUUGCUGGAAGUCUUAUUACAAAAUCAAACCUGCAUGCAAUGAUCAAAGCUGAAGAAAGCAGUAAACAAGAAGAGUGCACCACAUCAACAGCCCCAGUUCCUACAACAGAAAUUCCAACCACAAUGAGCACCAUGGCUGCUGCAGAAGCAGCAGCUGCUGUUGUUGCUGCAGCAGCUGCAGCAGCAGCAGCUGCUGCUGCAGCCAAUGCAAGUGCUUCCACCUCUGCUUCUAGUACUGUGGGUGGAACUGUUCCAGUUGUUCCUGAGCCUGAGGUUACUUCGAUUGUUGCUACUGUUGUAGAUAAUGAAAAUACAGUAACAAUUUCGACUGAAGAACAAGCACAACUUACUAGUACCCCUGCUGUUCAGGAUCAAAGUGUUGAAGUGUCUAGUAAUACUGGAGAAGAAACAUCUAAGCAGGAAACUGUAGCUGAUUUUACUCCCAAAAAGGAGGAGGAAGAAAGCCAACCAGCAAAAAAAACAUAUACUUGGAAUACAAAGGAGGAAGCAAAGCAAGCAUUUAAAGAAUUAUUGAAGGAAAAGCGGGUACCAUCUAAUGCUUCAUGGGAGCAAGCUAUGAAAAUGAUCAUUAAUGAUCCACGAUACAGUGCUUUAGCAAAGUUGAGUGAAAAAAAGCAGGCCUUUAAUGCUUAUAAAGUCCAGACAGAGAAAGAAGAAAAAGAAGAAGCAAGAUCCAAAUACAAAGAGGCUAAGGAAUCCUUUCAGCGUUUUCUUGAAAAUCAUGAAAAAAUGACUUCCACAACUAGAUACAAAAAAGCAGAGCAAAUGUUUGGAGAGAUGGAAGUCUGGAAUGCAAUAUCAGAACGUGAUCGUCUUGAAAUCUAUGAAGAUGUUUUAUUCUUUCUUUCAAAAAAAGAAAAGGAACAAGCAAAGCAGUUGCGAAAGAGAAAUUGGGAAGCCUUAAAAAACAUACUUGACAACAUGGCUAACGUGACAUACUCUACUACUUGGUCUGAAGCCCAGCAGUAUCUGAUGGAUAAUCCAACUUUUGCAGAAGAUGAAGAAUUACAGAACAUGGAUAAAGAAGAUGCGUUAAUUUGCUUUGAAGAACACAUUCGGGCUUUAGAAAAGGAAGAAGAAGAAGAAAAACAGAAGAGUUUGCUUCGGGAAAGGCGACGACAGCGUAAAAACAGAGAAUCUUUUCAGAUAUUUUUAGAUGAACUGCAUGAACAUGGACAACUGCAUUCUAUGUCAUCUUGGAUGGAAUUGUAUCCAACAAUUAGUUCUGACAUUAGAUUCACUAAUAUGCUUGGUCAGCCGGUUUUUUCAUUAGGAUCAACUGCACUUGACCUUUUCAAGUUUUAUGUUGAGGAUCUUAAAGCACGUUAUCAUGAUGAGAAGAAGAUAAUAAAAGACAUUCUAAAGGAUAAAGGAUUUGUAGUUGAAGUAAAUACUACUUUUGAAGACUUUGUGGCAAUAAUCAGUUCGACUAAAAGAUCAACCACAUUAGAUGCAGGAAAUAUUAAGUUGGCUUUCAAUAGUUUACUAGAAAAGGCAGAAGCCCGUGAACGCGAAAGAGAAAAAGAGGAGGCUCGGAAGAUGAAACGAAAAGAAUCUGCAUUUAAGAGUAUGUUGAAACAAGCUACUCCUCCAAUAGAAUUGGAUGCUGUCUGGGAAGAUAUCCGGGAGAGAUUUGUAAAAGAGCCAGCAUUUGAGGAUAUAACUCUAGAGUCUGAAAGAAAACGAAUAUUUAAAGAUUUUAUGCAUGUGCUUGAGCAUGAAUGUCAACAUCAUCAUUCAAAGAAUAAGAAACACUCUAAGAAAUCUAAAAAACAUCACAGGAAACGCUCCCGCUCUCGAUCAGGAUCAGAUUCAGAUGAUGAUGACAGCCAUUCAAAGAAAAAAAGACAGCGAUCAGAGUCUCGUUCUGCUUCAGAACAUUCUUCUAGUGCUGAAUCUGAGAGAAGUUAUAAGAAAUCAAAAAAACAUAAGAAGAAAAGCAAGAAGAGAAGACAUAAAUCUGACUCUCCAGAGUCAGAUGCUGAACGGGAGAAGGAUAAAAAAGAAAAAGACCGGGAAAGCGAAAAAGACAGAACUAGACAAAGAUCAGAGUCAAAACACAAAUCACCUAAGAAAAAGACUGGAAAGGAUUCUGGUAAUUGGGAUACUUCUGGCAGUGAACUGAGUGAAGGGGAAUUGGAAAAGCGUAGAAGGACCCUUUUGGAGCAACUGGAUGAUGAUCAAUAAAUUAUACCAAAUAUGUUUACAGUAUGAUUUAAAGUCUAAUUCAGACCAGGGAUUCUAUUUUAAGUUCAAUUGAAAUAACACUGGGUUUUAAUUAUAUCACAGAAAAAAAAGUGCAUUUAAGUAUUGUUAUUGUGGACUUUAUAAAAAGCAAAGGAAAUUGAAAAUAACUUUUGAUUCUGUAUCAAGAAUCAUAUUUUCAUACAGUCAUAACUGUCUUUCUGUGACCCUUUCAUAGGGCACUGCAGAAUGGAUUAAAGGUGGCAAUUUACUGAUAACUGCAGGUGUCUCUACUUUGUUCUAAAGUCUAAGUCAUGAGGUGAUUUGAUUUACUUUAUAGAAGUUGGAUUUUGAAGAUAUAAUGAAAAUUUUUUAAUAUCUAGUAGUACAAAAAAAGCACCAGCAACUGAUAAAACUGCUUUUUUGUGCACUAUCCAACUGGUUGAAGCCGAUAUGAUCUUUUAAGGUGAACUCAGACAUAGGUGUUCUUAAUGGAAACCUGGUAGACCCUUAACUAUAGUGGUGCUAUUGAGCACUACUAUAAUAAAGCCACCAUUAUUUUUUAUGAAACAUCUAAAUACAUUUUAAAAAGGCUAUUGUGAGGGCAUUAUUUUGAGGUGAUGUUUAAAAAGUUAACAUCAAAUCAAAUUGUAAAUUAGCUUAAAUAUAUUGCCUUAAGGACCUACUAAAGAAUGUGCCACCAAACUUUAAGUGAUGGUUGCAAUAUCCUUGUCUAAAACAAAUCAAUGUUGACUUAAACGAUUUCUUUAACAGUUGUCUUUUUUUUUUUUUAAAUCCGAUCUUUCUCUUGCUUUUUUUCAUUGAGGAAGUCUUUUACCUUCCCUCCUCACUGAGAAGUACUGACUUCGUGGUACACAUUCUGAAGCAUUUCUGAUUUGAAUAUUUUUGUACAUUUUUAUCAAUUAUUAAAUCUUCUCUUCUAGUG